AUGAAGCCCGCGUACUUCACCCUUGGCCUUUUCGCCACCCUCACCUCUGCCGCCUCCAGGCGACACCCACGAUACCUGCGUUUUAUGAGAAGCGAGAACGGAACCAUCUCCAGCGCCUCUGCCGACAAUGUCUCGGGAACCGUCUCUAUCCCGUUGUCAACUGGAGUGUCCUCAGAUACGGCCAGCGCCGUCACCACUGCUGCGCCUGUCGCAACUGACGCCGCUUCUUCCGGGCUCACCACUCUGACCGUGUCCAUGACAUCGGUCCGUACCAUCACCUCCUGUCUCCCCGAGGUUAUCGACUGCCCUGCGAGGACCGAGGAUCUCGCGAGCUUCCCAAGUGAGGCCCUCGGCACCACCACCGUCACCGACGUUAUUAUCCUGACCGAGACCGUCUGCCCGGUGACUGCUGUCCCCUCCAUUUCGUCUAGUGUCCUGUCUGAAGCCUCCGAAGGCAUCAUCACCGGCAGCACCGUGACCACUACUGCCACCGCUGCGGCCCAACCGCAUGUCACGACCGCCACUGAGACCAAGGUUGCUACCCUGACCGUCACUAAGGUGAUGACCAUUACAGUGGGCGGCAACGGCAACGGUGCCGGCGAAGUCGUCACCACCACUGUCGAGUCUACUACCGAGUCCACCACCGUUGAGGUCAUCACGCACACUGUGUCAGAGUCCGGGGAGACAGCAACGACGACCUCUGCUGCUGCCGCGGGUGAGCAAGACACCACCACCACCGAGACCAUCACCUCGACGGGUACCCGCACCGUCACCGUGGUGAAGGCCACCUCCGCCACUACUGCGACUGCCAGCCCCGGUGGCGCUGGCGGAGAAAACACCGGCAACGAUACCGGCAAUGGCAACGGCAACGGCGCCACAUGCGAUUGUGCCGCCAGCAUCGUGACCGUCACCCAGGUAGCCGUCACACACACCGUGACCGUCCCGGCCUCCACCGUCUACGUUACUGUCACCGGCACCGGCCACCCCGCGGCCCCCUCCGCAGCCGAGGGCGGCGAAACAACCACCGCGACGGCUGACGCCGUGCACACCUCCACCACCGCCGCGGCGGCCACCACCACUACCACGGCUGUCGGCAACGACACCGGCGACGACGCCGAGGAGUCGGAUUGUCCCACUGACGAAGUCGUCACCGUCACCGCCACCGGUACCGCCUCGGAUACGGCUACGGCUACGGCUACGGCUACCGAGUCUGCGUCGGCGACCGUCACGCCCGGCGGCACGAACGGCGCGGCAGAUGGUGAGGAGACCGAUUGCCCGGCUGAUGAGGUCGUCACCGUGACGGCGUCCGCGUCCGAGACGGCUUCCGCUUCCGCUUCCGCUGAGGAUUCGGAUUCUGCUUCGGCCUCAGCGACGGCAACGGCAAGCACGACUACGGCUGCGCCGUCCGGGCUUUAUUAA